UCUCUCUCUCUCUCUCUCUCUCUGUAUGUACACAAAUGUUUGAAGGUAGGGGAAUGCAUUGGGAUGUGGUGGAGACCAAACUUUGAGACAUUGAUGUAUCCAUUCUUGCCACCCAAUGUGAAUCACCCAAAGGAAUGCUUAAAGCUUUUUCUUGGGAGACUAGCGGUACAUCAACAGUUUGUCGUGCCUAAAAACUUCAAACUCCUCGCUGUUCCCUUGUGCCAGAUCCAUGAAAAUGAAAAGACUUAUGGGCCAAUCAUAUCGCAGAUUCCCAAGCUUCUUUCCAAGUUCUCAUUCAACAUGAUGGAGAUACGAUGAACAACCCUUGUGAUCCUUGUCUUCACUAGCUCGUUCCCUCGCAUCUACCAUAGAUUAUAUAUAUAUGUUUGGUGAAAUCUUUUUAGUGUGUGAUUUAUAUUAGUUUACUUACAGAAGUUGUAAAAGCUUGUUAUUGUUGAUUACAUCAAAUAUGUUUAGUAUAUAGGCUUCUGUGCUGGAGUAUAUUGCAAAUGUAAUUGAAUUUAUACGUGUAUAAUCAAAAUAAAGACAUCUAUGCUUAUAUAUGUAAUUUCUUGUAAAUAAAGUAAUG